AAUGAAGCCCAUGUUCAGUCACAUAGAUUCAGGACUGUUGUAUUCGCUGACACAUUCAUACUGGGCCCAGGCCACCAGGGGCCUCCCCUCCCUCACUCCAUCCUCCUGAUUGACCCGGUUCUGCCAACAGGAUCGGCCACUGACCUGCAGGGACUUUGUGUUUUCUCUUCAUGCUUUAACUCUCCGUUCACACUCACAGGGGCUCUCAAAUGGAAGGAGGGUCUGCAACAGAAAGCAGCGGAGGCGUUCCUACGGCAACAAGAAGCUGCCCCAAAUCUGAGAAAACUUGUUUAUGGUUCAGUUGUCGAGGUGACGGAAUCGGAGGAAGAGGAGGAGGAACUGGGAGGGCUGUUCAGAGUCAGCCGACCUCAGAAAAGCAAAAAGCUCCAGGCGAACGCUCUGGACUGUUCCCGUUUCCACGCCGACACUGGCCACGACUGGGAUGUCCAAGAGGUGCUGGACUCCAUCAGGGACUGCUUUGUUACGGGGAAGUGGGAGGAGGGCCAGGAUGCAGCCACGCUGCUGAAACAAGACGAAGAGCUGUAUGGGGACUUUGAAGAUCUGGAGACAGGAGAAGUCCAUGUGAGCCAGCCUCAGGAUACACAGGACGACGAUGAUGAUGAUGAUGAUGAAGAGCCCCAGGUGAAGAUGGAUGAUGAAGAGGUUCAAAAGAACAAACGUUUGGAGAAGAAACGCCGACUGAAGGAACGGUUCAACUCCGAGUAUGAUGACGGAGACGCCACAUACUUUGACGACCUGAAGGAGGAGCUGCAGAAGCAGGCAGAGCUGAACAGAGCGGCGUUUGGGGACAUGGACGAUGAGAGCAGGGUUCAGUAUGAAGGCUUCCGACCUGGAAUGUACAUCCGGGUGGAAAUUGGCUCUUUGCCGUGUGAGUUUGUGACAAACUUUGAUGCCCAUUAUCCCAUAAUCCUUGGUGGGCUGGGCUCCAGCGAAGGCAACUUAGGAUAUCUCCAGAUGCGACUAAAGAAACACAGAUGGUACGAGCGGAUCCUGAAGACGAAGGAUCCUCUGAUCUUCUCCUUGGGCUGGCGCCGCUUCCAGACCAUCCCUCUGUUUCACAUGGAAGAUCACAACGGGCGCCACCGCCUGCUCAAGUACACGCCACAGCACAUGCACUGUGGAGCCUCCAUCUGGGGUCCCAUCACACCCCAGGGUUCUGGUUUCCUGGCUGUGCAGUCAGUGACUGGAUCUAAGGCCAGUUUUCGUAUCGCGGCCACUGGAGUCAUUCUGGAUCUGGACAAGUCAGUGACUAUAGUGAAGAAGCUCAAGCUGAUUGGAUAUCCAUUCAAGAUCUUUAAGAAUACCUGCUUUGUUAAGGGAAUGUUCAACACUGUGCUGGAGGUGGCCAAGUUUGAAGGAGCCUCGGUGCGAACCGUGUCAGGCAUCAGGGGUCAGAUCAAGAAGGCUCUGUCUUCACCUGCAGGAGCUUUCAGAGCCACAUUUGAGGACCGACUGCUCAUGAGUGACAUCGUGUUCCUGCGCUCCUGGUACCCAGUGUCGGUCCCUCAGCUCUACAACCCCGUUACCUCUCUGCUGCUCCCUGCUGGUCAGAAGGACAGCUGGUCAGGCAUGAGGACCCUGGGGCAGCUCAAACAUGACCUGGGCAUCCGCAACAAACCCAACCCUGACUCUCUGUACAAGCCGGUGGUUCGAGCUCCACGCCGCUUCAACCCCCUCCAUAUUCCCAAGGAGCUUCAGAAGGCCCUCCCCUUCAAGAGCAAACCCAAACAGCAGCAGCCCAAAGGAAGGACCCCCAGGGACCUCCAGAGGCCCAGCGUGAUCCGAGAGCCACAUGAGAGGAAGGUGGCAGCACUUCUCCAUGCUCUGAGCACAGUCCACAAUUACAAGAGGAAGAAUGCCCACAAGGUGCAGCACGCCAAACACAAAGAGUUCCUGCAGCAAAAGGAGAAAGACGAGGAGGCUAAGCUGAAGAGGCAGAGGGAGGCUAAGAAGAAACUGUACAGAGUGAUGGGUCAGAAGGACCAGAAGAAGCAGCGCUCCAGCCUGAAGGGAGCGCCCAGCGACCUCUAGCUCCCUCACUGGACCUGCGUGUCUGAACUCUGGAGAACUAUGACAGACUGUUUUUAUGUCUCCCUGGAGACGCUUUUAUUAAGUAAGACCUGGUGUGACCUAAACAGAUCUUCUGUUUAGAUCUGCACAUUAUGGUCUCAUGACAAUACUACAACUUUGUUCUACAGUGGAAUAAAGAAAUGCAACAUCA